AUCGUGACCGCUCCAAAAUCGAAGGGUUUUAACGAAGGGGGCUCGUUCGGUUUUGUUUCCUGCGGCUGCGGCGACAGGUCAGACAGAGCUUCCCUUCCUCCCGCUAGCUCGGGGCGGAUCCAUCCACCCGGCGGACCAUCUCUGAUCUCUCGCGGGCGCCAUGGCGGAGCACGCCGCCCCGGAGCUACCCAAGAGGUGCCACCACUGCGCAGGGCCCCUCUCCAAGGACAUGGAAACUAGCAGCUGGACCGUCACUCCAUUGGUUCGAGAUAGCUUCUCAAUGAUUGGUUCCGCUGUUGGGGGCACUGCAGGCGCAUUUUAUGCAUUUAAUCAUGCUAUGCCUGUUGUUCGGCGUUACAUAAAAGGGCCAAUGUGGAUGCAUUUUCUUGUUGGUGCCCCUCCAGUUGUUGUAUUCUCUUCUGCAUGUGCUGGAUUAGCAGCUGGUACAAUACCAGCCCUUGCACAACUGGUUUCGUCGUCCUGUCAUGCCGCCAUGUCAUCGCCCUCGUUCGCCCGCCCUGCUUCUCGCGAUGACAUGCACAAGAGCAGAGGCUCCUCGCCAUUGUAAUUUACUAGCGCAGCCGACCAGCUACUGAAUACUGCUCUAAGAAAUCUGUGCCACCUUAUAAAGGAUGUAAAUGUUAAGAUUUCAUGCAGAAGGAUGUUUUAACUGACAUGUGCUCCUUUCACUUAGUUUUUGUUGGUAUCUAUCUCUAUGUAUAGGUUAUGCCCUCUAUCUUGUGUUAAUUUUUUGUAUUAAAAUAAGUAUUGCAGUGUUGUGAACCAGCUUAAACCAGCCAGAGGUUCAGCUAUUUUCGUCUGCAAAAUGCAAGCAUGCGUUGGUCUA